AUGCCCAAAAGAAAGGCUGAAGGCGAUACUAAAGGACAUAAAGCCAAGGUGAAGGAUGAGCCACAGAGAAGAUCUGCCAGGUUGUCUGCUAAACCUGCUCCUCCAAAGCCAGAGCCCAAGCCUAAAAAGGCCCCUGCAAACAAGGGAAAGAAGGUUCCCAAGGGGAAGAAGGGAAAGGCCAAUGCUGGGAAGGAUGCGAAUAAUCCUGCAGAAAACGGAGACGAUAAAACAGACCAGGCACAAAAAGCUGAAGGGGCUGGAGAUGCCAAGUGA